GAGGGCCGCGGCGUCCCCUUGUCCCGCGGCCCUGAGCAGCGCGCCGGGCCCGCGCUCGCCCGCCCAUCCCCGGCGGCGGCGCGGCCCAUGCGGCUGGGGGCGGGGGCCGGAGGCCGGAGGCCGGAGCGGGCGCGGGCUGAGUGUCUCAGGUGCGGCCGGCGGCCCGGGGAGGUGAGCGGCGGCGGCGGGCCCGGCCCGGCCCGGUGAUUGGCCGCUGGCGGAGGGCAGCGGGCGGCCGGGCGACGGCCGGCGGGGAGGAGCCGGCGGAGCGGUCGGCGCGCCGAGCCGGGAAGAUGCUGCUGUCCCUGGUGCUCCACAUGUACUCCAUGCGCUGCGUGCUGCCCGCCGCGGUGCUGCUGGGCUCGGCCCCCACCUACGUGCUGGCCUGGGGGGCCUGGCGGCUGCUCUCCGCCUUCCUGCCCUCCCGCUUCUACCACGCGGUGGACGACCGGCUCUACUGCAUCUACCAGAGCAUGGUGCUCUUCUUCUUCGAGAACUACACCGGCGUGCAGAUAUUGCUGUAUGGAGAUUUGCCAAAAAAUAAAGAAAAUAUAAUAUAUUUAGCAAAUCAUCAAAGCACAGUCGACUGGAUUAUCGCGGACAUUCUGGCCAUCAGGCAGAACGCUCUUGGGCACGUGCGCUACGUGCUGAAAGACGGGUUAAAGUGGCUUCCACUGUAUGGGUGUUAUUUUUCUCAGCAUGGCGGAAUCUAUGUGAAGCGAAGUGCCAAAUUUAAUGAAAAAGAAAUGAGGAACAAGCUGCAGAGGUACAUGAACGCAGGAACUCCAAUGUAUCUUGUGAUUUUUCCAGAGGGAACAAGGUAUAAUCCAGAACUAACAAAAGUCAUUUCAGCUAGUCAAACAUUUGCUGCUCAAGAAGGCCUUCCAGUAUUAAAACAUGUGCUGACGCCAAGAAUAAAGGCAACCCAUGUUGCUUUUGAUUCCAUGAAGAGUUAUUUAGAUGCAAUUUAUGAUGUUACAGUCGCUUUUGAAGGGACUGUGGACAAUAAAGGGCAGCGCAAAGAAGCACCAUCCAUGGCUGAAUUUCUCUGUAAAGAAUGUCCAAAAAUCCAUAUUCACAUCGAUCGUAUAGACAAAAAAGAUGUCCCGGAAGAACAAGCGUAUAUGAGAAGAUGGCUUCAUGAACGUUUUGAAAUAAAAGAUAAGUUGCUUAUAGAAUUCUAUGAUUCAGUGGAUCCAGAAAGAAGAAACAAAUUUCCUGGGAAAAGUGUUAAUUCUAAACUAAGUCUCAAGAAGACUUUACCAUCAUUAUUGAUCUUAAGUGGUUUGACUGCUGGUAUGCUUAUGACCGAGGCUGGAAGGAAACUGUAUGUAAAAACGUGGAUUUAUGGAACCCUCAUUGGCUGCUUGUGGGUCAGUAUUAAAGCGUAAACAAGUGGCUGUCUCCAGGCAGUGGACUGUGCUACGUUGUUGGUCAUUGGCAGCUGCAUACUGCAUCAAAUUGUUUCCUGAAUUUAGUAAGAAGUGUAAAUAAAGCCUUACUGAUUGAACAUUGGAUAAAAUAGAAUUUCUGACUAAAGCCAAUAUGCUGUUGGUCUUGGGCAAAUACACACGAUUUACAACUUUAGUACAGAAGCUGCUGGAAAGGGAAGAGCUAAACAGAGUUUAUGCUGUACUUGGCAUUUCCUGUGAACUAAUGUCAACUUCAGAAGAUUAUUAGGAUUGGAUAAUUUGUUAUUGUUUUGUAAUUCAGAUAGCUGCAUUCAUGAACAUUAAUUUGCAGUGUAUUUCACUAUAUUGUUAUUUUCAAUUUUUUCCAACUUGACUGGUCCAAACUCUUAUCACUAAAGUAUUUAGUAUCUUGCAGCUAUGUAAUAUUUUGCUUUUUGCUCAAUUUCUCCAAGUCAAUGAAAGAAAUUGUAUUUAAGUAUCAAGAAAGAUACAAGGAAAGGGGUAAGAAAUGUUGGCGGGGAAGAAGCUCUGGUUAGCGCAUGCUUUCAUUGUGUGGCAUUAUCAGCUGAUUUCACUUUAUAUUUGCAAAGUAGUUGACAUUUCUAAUAUUUAUUGAAACAGCUUACUUUGCACACUUUGUACCCUAUACAAAAGAAUAAUGUAUAAAAUAUGAGAAUUAAGUUUAAGUUAAAAUUGUGACCCUGAUUCGUUAUAGCAGAACUUUAAAUUGCCCAGCUUUUUGAAGAUUUAAGCUAAGCUCUUAGUACUUCAUAACAUCGGUGCCAUAAGUACUUGAAAACCCUAAGGUUUCCUAUUAUUUUUUAUAUCAGAAUAAUCAGUGUGAACCUUUGUUGGACCUGAGUCUGCAGAUAUUUGAUUGAUGGGAGCCUUCCGACGUCUGACCAGAUUUACUAACAUGUGCCUUUGGCCUGUUACUCUUGGGUUUAGCAAAAUAUUUAAUCCAGAAAUCAUGUUUUAUGUCAUCAUGGUCGAUUUCCGCUGUAUUCGAGUUCUUUUCCUGUGGAUUAGGGCAGUGGUGCUGCUCGGUGGCCGGCACAGCAGACUUGCAGGGAGGAAGCGCGUGGCUGGCCAGAGUGUGUCUGCUGCAGAGCUGAGCUCUUGAAGCUCUGGUGAGAGAGCGUCGCUGGCUGCCGCAAAGGCCAGUACAAUACAGACUUGAUCGUCAGGACUGAGUGAAUUGAUUUAGUUCCCCUUAGUUUUAAUGGGAUGUACAGUUAAUCUGUGUCACCUCAAAACAAGGGCCAUGUUUCAGGAACCACAUCACACAAUUUCCAGUCAUGGAACAAUAUGUCCUGUGCAAAAGGACCUUUUUUAAAGUGUGAUCUGCUCUAUUUUAUGUUAUAAUUUGAACUUGAUUGCCUACGAGUAACAUUUCUGCUUACUGCUAAUGGAUUUUUCUUGCAAAAUUGUAUCAAUGCUCCAGAUGAAACACACUAAUUGAAUCAUGAUAAACAAAAUGAAAAUAGUAGUUAAGGGAAGUUUUGUCUAACUGAUUCUCCAGAACCAGAGAGUAAACCAUUUCACGCCACACCUUUGAAGAGGUGGGUGGUCUGACUUGGUUUGUGUGUGUUAGUAUGUGUAUGUGCUCAUACAUUCAUAUACACACAUACCCACAGGAUGCAGUUGGCCUAAUGAUGACUGGGGGUGUAGGUAAAACUUCUGAGAAAUGUUCUCAUGCCAAAUUACAAUUUUCUCUUACCUGUAAAGUGAAAUUUGGGUCAAUUCCCUGUCUUUGUUAAAUACUUUUUUUAGCAGUCCUAAAGUUAGAAGCUAUUUCUAAUUAUAUCAAAGGAAAUGUAAGUUGUGUAACUUACUUUGAAUAUCAUGGAUAUUCUCUAAAUUUAAAUUUUGAGAAGCAAUACCAUUAGAAUUAUGUGGAUUAUAACUGAUUUUAAGAAGGCGAAGUGAAUUGCAUAAGAUCACUUGAACAUCAUGUUCUUAUGACUAUACUUAUAUUCUUCUCACAAAAGGUCUAUAAAAUAUUAGUUUAAAAAUUUUUGUAUCAAAAUAUUUGGAAAAUUAGAAGCUUCUUUUUAAUUUGUAUUGAUAUGACUUGAAUUAUUAUUUUCUAAAAUUAAGAGCCCUAUAUCUACUUGUAAAUCUUUUCACAGACUAUCAUUUUAGCUUUUGUUUGUGUUGUUAUUGUUGAUUUACAGCUUUGUUAUUACUUAGUUUUUCUUUAUAAGAAUGCCAUCAAUGUGCAUGCUUUUAUGUUUUUCAGAAAAGGGUGUGUUUGGAUGAAAGAAAUAAUAAAAUCUUUCACUGUC